ACAGAACCCUUACUGCUGUCCUGGGUUUAAUUUUCGUCUCUGUAAUUUGCACGGGAAAUGGUUUAGUACUCGUCACGAUUUACAAGAAAGCGACCUUACACUCGGUUACUAACUACUUCUUAGCUGUCUUGGCAGUGGGUGAAUUAUUUGUUGGUGUGGUCGCUCUACCUAUGUGGAUUACCAGGUCGUUGCUCGGGAUCUCAGACGAAGAACAUCCCCUAAGCAUUUGGGUCGACAGCGUUUACGUUUUAUCAGUGGCCUCUUCAACUUAUAAUUUAUGUUCUCUUAGUCUGGAAAGGUAUGUCGGAGUUGUACUCCCAUUACGAUAUGGCGCUAUUGUAACCAACAGUCGGUGUUUGAUCACUGCAGUUUCAGUGUGGAUGAUUUCCACCUGCGUUGCUAGCCGCCGCUUUUUGCUUGAUGAGGACACUUUCUGGAUCGCAGCUAUCUCUACUGUGUUCUUUGUUCCAGCUGUUGCUAUUUCCUAUUGCUAUUUUAACAUCUUAAGAGAAUCUUCACGUCAGAUGCGAGUCAUAGCUGAGCAGCAGCGUCCACGGAGCCUCUCCGGCCUCGCUGACAGAAUAAAAAACAAGAAAGCUGCAAUAACGGUUGCCAUUAUAAUAGCAAUCUUUUUCGUAACCUCUCUUCCAGCCUUGGCCUUCUCUUUGACCGAGAUCAUAACCAGUGGAUCUGCAACUUGCGAGCAAAAAACGAGGUUGGAAUCUUGGGGUACGUGGGCGCUUUUCUCGGCAUAUGUGAACGCAGCAGUUAACCCGUGGAUUUAUACGAUGAGAAAAAGAGACUUUAGAUUAGCAUUGAAGAUUAUCGUACUACGUAGAGAAGUCGAAAGUGUUGAGGAAUCGGCCUUUUAGUUGGAUACGAAGACAUUCCCUUUCUGACUGAAGUAUUCGUAGAC